UCCAAGCAUUGUAUCAAGAUAUGAAGUGUUUAUUAGUAUUUUUCCUUUUGGUCAUAAUAUGUAUCAAAUCAUCAUAUCUAAAACGAGUUUCAGAAAAAAAACACUUGUAUGGUGAUGAAGUCAAGAGAGCAUCACUAUUUAACAAGGAAAAUGGAAAAGAUGUAAUGACUCCUGUUGUUGCUGCAUCUUUAAGAUACCCAAGAACAAUCAAAAAAAGCAACAGUUCAAAAGGAAGCAAAAGAGAAUGUACAUGUCCUGAAAAUCAAAAAGAUCAUUCCGUUAAACCAGUUAAAGCAGUUCAUAGCAAGUCAUCUGAUGAACAUUACUCGAAAGAGAAAAUAGAAGGUGAUGGAAAAAAGAAAUGUGAAUGUGUUGCAAGCAAUCAUUUUGACAGCAGUACAGCUCAUAGUUCAUCUCAUAGUGAAAACAAUUACCUACAAGACAUAAGUGGUGUGAAACUGAGAGAACAAAGUGGUAAUGGAAUGCAUAGAUCUCAAAGUGUAAAUGGUUUAAAUAAUCAGGGAAGAAGAUCUAACUGUGGUUUCAAUGUCUACAGAAGAAAAAAUGAAUUUCAGUUGAAUGCACCAAUUGAAAAUUAUAAUCAUCCGAUUAUUCAAGGAAGUAACUAUAAUGAUGAGUUGUGCCCAGGAGAAGAUGAUGGUUUUGUUGGAACUGGAGUAAUAAGUAACCUAAAUAAUGCAUAUCAAAAAAAUUUUGGUAGAUUACAUUCACAGGUUGGAUUUAAUGAAAACUAUAUGGGAAACAACGAUCCCAACAUUUUCGGGUUAGGAGCAAGAUUGACGAACCAUAUGGAUAAUUGGCAAGAUUGGCAAAACCCUGAUGUAAUUGAUUAUAAUAAGCAAGUUUAUGGUUCAAGUAAUCCAGAAGUUUUAUUUCAAAAUGAUCCGGAUUCAUUAAAUCUUAUCAACAUGGGAUUAGAACUGGACAACAAACUGUUACUAAAUGACAUACAGCAACAAAACAAUCGACAAAACUCACAGACAAUACACAGUAAAUCCAUUAUGAUACACGAAAAACCAUUUAAGAAGAGUUUUAUUACUCAAGACCUUAGCGCAACAAUUGGCACAACAAAAGAUCUAGAUGCUACUAUUGGAAAUGAAUAUGAAAGUCAUCCAACAUUUGAUAAUUCAGGUAGUUCUUAUGCAGACUCUCAUGAUCAAUGCAAAGACUGUGAAUAUAAUGAGCUAUACAAGAAUCAUCCAUCUGAACACACUUUUAAAAGUUUAGAUGAAGAAGAUGAACAUGUUUUUAGUGAAAUCUUUUCAAACUUUCUUAAAAAAUUUGGUAACAAAGGUUUUUCUUUUAAUGGUUUCUUGAGAUACUUACAAAAAAAAGCCAAGGAAGAAAAUUACAAGAGAAGUCAUGAAAAAGCCAUGGAAAAUUAUCUGUCAAUAGUGAAGAAAUACUUUGAAGAUAAAAGCAAUAAUAAUAAAUAUGAAAAAAAUGAAGAAUCUAGCGAAGAAUCUGGCAGUGAUCCUGAAAAUCAAUCAAGCAUGCAUUCUAAUAAUAUUGAUUCUGAAGAUUUUGUUAAAGAAAAAUAUGAUUCUUCAAAUUUUAAAAAAGAUUCAAAAGACCCUUUUUACUUUUUAGACAAAGGAGAAUAUGGCGAUGAUGUUUCAUUUCAGAAAGCUAUUCAAUCGUUACCGCUGAGAGAGGUAUCUUUUUUUCCAAAAAGAUUUUUUCAUGACAAGCGUUUUCAUUCUGGUGGAAUUGGCAUGCUUUUAAAAAUGUUUUACAGUUCCUCUAAUGCUCAAACAAAGGGCUGUCAAAAAAAAAACUGUGCAGAUGAAAAUGAUUCUUCUUUUGAUGAUGAGACAAGUGAGUCGAAUUCAGUAAAAACAAAACAUUUAUUAAAUGAUGAAGGGAUUACUGUUACAAAUGAUAAACAUAGACAAAAAAAGCCAAAAUCAUUUCAUCAUAAAGAAUUUCAAUCAGAGGCAAUGAGAGAUCAGGAUCAUUGGAAUCGUGAUAACAGAAAUGUCGAACAUCAGUCUUUUAAUUCAUACUCUCAAGGUAAAAACCAUGAUGAAAACAGCAAAAACAGCUUUAAAAAUGAAGAAUUUGUUCCAAAAACAGAAAAUGAUGAAUCUGCAUUUGACAAAAAAAAGACGUUAUUACCUGCUUUUGAUAGUGAAGAAAGAGUGUUUUUCCCCUGCCCUUUUCAAUCUGAAAAAAACAAGGUCAUGAUUUGUUACCAUACUAAAAAUGGUGUAAAAUAUUUAAACACAGUUCGAUUAGAAGAUCAUGCACUAGAAAACCUAGAAAAUUUCAAUAAGAAUAGUGAAUUAAAAAUACUAAAUAAAGUUCAUGACUUAAUGAAGUUUGAUGAACAGCAUUUUGCUUCACAGAUAGGAUCCAUUUUUCCUAGCAGCGAAAAAAUUAAAGAAAGGGAUAAUUUACUAAGAAAAUUGGAACUCGAAAAAAUCAAAGACAGGGAAUUAAUGAAAUCAAAAAUAUUUUCUGCUGAGGAAAAAGCAAUUGAAAAUCUUGCCAAAAAAAUUGGUCAUGGAGAUCCUAAGCAAGGAGCUGCUAUAUUAAGUCAAAUAAUAGAUGAAUCUGAAUACAUCCAGGGUACUAGUCAGCCUCUAUCUGAUAUUAGGAAAGGUAAUGUUAUAGAAAUUAAGUCAGACCGUGACGCUGCUGAUGGAAUUUUAAAAGUUACAGAACCUAUCAGUUCUGAAUCCCCAACAUAUAUUUUGAAUAAAAUAAGAAACAAUAACGCUACAAAGCGAAAUACAGGUCCUGUGCAUCUGCUUCCGUCUCAUAAUGGCGCUUUGCUUUUUGAUACAUCUGAUUUUGGUAUAAAUGAACAACCUGGUUAUGAAAGUAAUAGCGUUGAAGCAAUAAAAAAAUCUUUGUUUUUCAAACCUGGACAAACUUUACAAACACCUUAUGGUAGUUUGAAACUUGUACCAGUAGGUGAGCCUUCUGCUUCUUCACCUUUAAAUACUGGAGCAUCUACUUUUUCUGCUACUCUUCCUAAAAGUCAACCAAUGGCAUUAAAUACUGCUGCAAAGAAUGAUCCAAUAAAGAUUCAACUUGCAUUGGAGCCUUCAACUCUUAAAGCAUUAACUGAGCAAACCAGUGCUGGAAGAGAUACUAAUUACAAUAAUGUUAAUGGAAAAGUGACUAAUGCAGCGCGUGCUGUUCCAACGACUACGCUAUCUGAACCUCCAAAAAAUGACAUAGAGAAGAAUUUAGCAUUCAAACAAGCUUUAUCUCCUAUGGCUUUUGACAACACCCAAGCUAUUCAUACAGAUCCACAGCUAAUCACAAUACAAAAAUCUAUCAACAAAGCUGCUUCUGAUGCUGUUAAUGUGGCGAUUGAGCUAAUAAGUACUUUAGAUACCAUUGGUUCUAACAAUGAUGGAGCUACAUCAAAUGUUGGUGGAGCUUCAUCGAAUGUUGUUGGAGCUACAUCGAAUGUUGGUGAAAUAUUAGAAGUAGGUGGAGGUAGUGGAGCAGCAAAUUUAGCAAAUGCAUUUGUUGGUCUUGUUGCUAACAGUACCUCAAUCAAUCAAAAUAGUUUAGAUGGAAAACCUGAAAGUGUCAACAUUCAGAGCAAUGGAAAAACUGAAUAUCUUUCUCAAAAGCGAAACAAGCGUGAUGUAGACAAAGCAUCUCAUGGAUUGCAAAGAGAUGUUUUUUAUCUUGAAUCAUUAUCUAAAAUUAAUAUUGAGGCAUUAACUGCAAGCCAUAAAUUUCCUGGAAAACCAGAUGUUCAUGGAAAUAUAGAAGAAUUUGAUGUCCCCACAAAUUUUGGAGAUAAAUAUGGCCAAAGAGUUCAUGGAUGGUUUCUUCCCCCGCAAUCUGGAAAAUAUAUAUUUUAUACCUCUUGUGAUGAUGAGUGUGAAUUCUACAUAAGCAAUAAUGAUGAUCCUAAAAAUAAAAAAAUUAUUAUUGCACAGGAUGAUUGGAGCAAACACAAUGAAUGGGACAAAUACCCAGCUCAGCAAACUUCUAAAACUAUUGAUUUGCAAAAAGAGCAAGGUUAUUACAUUGAGGCACUUAUGUCAGAUACAAGUGGAGAUGAUCAUUUAUCAGUUGGAGUUCGUUUACCUGAUGGAAAUCUUCUGAGACCUAUACCAAAUUACUUGUUAAGUCCCAUUAGAAUUGUUAACUUUCCAUUAUCAUUUGUAACAAUCAAGGCUGUAAUAACACCAAAAAUAACACCAGAACAUUUGAUCAAGAACACGAGUGAGUACUCUCCAACUCCUAUAAAAUCAAAUGAGUCAGCCAAACGAGAUAAAACUUAUAUUGUCCCAAAGAAUAAAUUUUAUCAAAGUACAUUAAAUGGCGUUUUAGAAAAUCUAAUCCCUCUUGAAAUGGUCAAUCCAAAUACCCGAGUGCAAAUUCCAAGGAGUGUUUCAAAUGAAUUUAGGCAUGAUCAAAACAGUGAAAUUCAUUCUUUGCGUGAAAACUAUAUUCAUUUUAACAACGAAAGCAAGGAGAGCAGAAGCAAAAUAAUAGAAGAAAAUAAAAUCUUGAAAGAUUUAAAUCCUAUAAAUAUCAACAACGAUGCAAAUGAUUUUAUAAACUCUGAUAAAAAAAAUAAGAUUGUUAAUAUAGCUGCUGUUGAUGAUAAACCUGAAUUUAUUCCUGUUCCAAAAUCUCCAGAAUCCCAGCAAUCUAAAGUUGAUCAACCAAAAAAUUUAUCUGACGAUUUGUUUUUUGCACCUGGAAAUGCUGAUUUUAAGAAGAUAAAAGAAAUUUAUGGUGGCAACCCCAAUUAUGAAGACUCAUUUCAAUAUGAUGAUACAGACCACCAUGUUGGAAUUAUCAAUAUUGAUGAGGAAUCCCAAGUGCAAAACCCAAAUCAUAUUGAAAACUUGGUUCCAGGGAAAAAUAAUGGGAUUGCUUUCUACAGUGGUCAAGAUAGUAGUUUAGUCAUAAAUGAUAACCAAGCAAUUGAAAUGAAAAACAAGUACAGUAAUCGAGGCAAAGUUGUCUUAGACUUUUCUAAAGGCAAUGAGUAUGCAAAAAUUAUUAUUUAUGAUUUGCGUAAAAAACCUGUAGAAAGAAAAAGUCUUGUCCAUUACCCUGCUUCCAAAAAUUCUAAUUCUAAAAGGCAUACAAAAAUAGACGUUUUUAAAAAGAGUAAAAAUUUAGGAGGAAAAAAAAGUUUGCAGAAAAAAGAUUUGCAAUCAAAAACCAAAGAAAGUGAUUUUUCUAAUCAACAACAACACCAUGAAAAGAAUAUCAUGAAUAGAAAUUACUUUGAAAAUCAUGGUCAAAAUAGAUUUGAAUCUAGUACUCAAGCUAUGGAAGGUGUAAGGAGAUCUCAAAGAGCUUAUCCAGGUAUUAACUUGUGGAUUUUUGAAAAGGUUUAUCGUGAUAAACUGUUCAAAGGUACAUCUAUUGAUGCUUUAUACAACUCUGAUCAAUAUCCUGAUCAGCCUGAUAAAGUAUUCAGUUUGCCACUAAUGGAUACUGGAAAAAAAACAGGCAACAAUGUUGGACAAAUGAUUUGGGGCUGGCUUAAAGUCCCAAUAGAUGGUGAAUACACCUUCUUUAGUUCCUGUGAUGAUGAGUGUGAUGUUUACAUGAGUCCUGACGACAGUAAAGACCACAUCAGAAAGAUCAUUUCUCAAAGAAAAUUUUCAAAGAAUAACCAAUGGGAUAAAUACCCAGAAGAACAGACUUCACCUUUAAUACGGUUAAGCAGCGGAAAAGCAUACUAUAUUCAAGCAGUGUGUGCCCAGUUGACCGGAAAUAGUGGUUGCAGUGUUGGUAUGCAACUUCCUAAUGGUAAAAUGUCUCGACCCAUAAAUAAAGAAUUUUUAUCAAGAGCUCAAUUUAUAGGAACUGGGUUAAACUUUACUGAUACAAAUGAACCAUCUGAUUUGGGAGACAUCAACCAUGAUAAUAGAAAACAGUACGAUGUAGUUGAUGGAUAUAAAGAUGCAACAGAUCAACAUGAACUUCAUGAUUUUAUGAAGGCCCAAUUUAAUAAUGAAAAAAUCUCCAUGAACACAAAUUCAGAGCUUGUGACAAACUUGCUUCAACUUUCACAAAUAUUGAUGGGAAAAAAGUUUGCAGAUGAGCUGAUAGAAAAACAUCUUCGCAAGCACCUAGGGAUUUCUAAAAACUCAAUUUCAACAGCUUUACGCAUAUUGUUAGGGAAAAUUAAAAAAAUUCGGCAAAGAGAAUUUAUGAGAGAAGAUAUAUUUUUAAAAAAACCUCACAAUAUAUCUGUCACAACACUUUUGUUAAAUAUAUUACCAGACUUUAAAGCAGUUCAAAAUUUGAUUCCACAGAAGAAGACACUACACCAUAUUAAUAAUAGCAUUGAAAAUAAUAAGAUGGCAGCCCCAUCAAAUAGUUACACUCAAGUGCUGCAUUUGACCAAUGAAAAGAAAGAUGUUUUAAAUAAUGAAAACUCUGAAGCUCUCCUAACUUCAAGUAACUCUCAAGAUGUUUUGAACAAGUAUUCAGAUAAAAAGAAUAAAGUUCGUCGAAAUAUCCAUAGAGAGAAUGGCUUGUCUGACAUAUUUAAAAAGGAUGAUUCACUUCAUAUUUUUUCUUCAAAUGAAAAUUAUUCUCAAUCUCAUUCAAAUACAGUGUUAUUUGGAGAUAGGUCAUUAUUUCAAAUACCUCAACAUGUUACUCAUAUUUCACAGGAACAACAUUACACAAACCAUGUAAGCAAUGUUAAUGAAGUGAAGUUAGACCUUUCUCGUGAAACAGAAGGUCCAGGAAUAGAAGCUCUUAAGUUAGCUAAAGAAGGAACUUUCUCUACCAAUAAAACAUUCAAUGAAAUAAAAAACAAUGAAAUAAAUAAACAAAAAGAAGAGUCAAAUAUUACUGAUCACCUAGUAACCAAUCAUCUGGCUAAAUCAUCAUUUAAUAAUAACUUUGAAAAAACAAAUAAAAUUUUCAACAGCAGUGCAGUUUUAAUGAUGAAAAGUAAAACAACUGAUAUUGAUUUUCUUGCACAUGUAAAUGAUUCUGUUCCAGAUUCACAGCAGAGUAACAAUGAUGUAAAGACUCAUGAUCGUCAUUUGGACAUUUCAUCAUCUGAUGAAACUGCUGAUAUUGGAAAAACUUCCAAAGAAAGUUUGCAGUUAGAAAGUGUUGUAUUGUACAGAAAAAAGAGAGAUUUAGAAAAUGAAAUGAGUCAAGUAGCUGAUAAAAAAACAAUUAAAAAAAUACUAGGUAAUGUAAACAAAAAGAACAAAAGAGGGUAUAAAGUUCUCAAAAACCACCAAAUAACCCCUUAUUCAAUUAUUAAUCAGUUUCAUGAUUUUGCUUCUGCUCUCCCAAGCCAUUUUAGAAAUGUUGAUUCAAGAUUUCAGAAUCAAGAAUCUUUGCUUUCUUUUGAAAAAAAAAAUUCUCGUAGCUUUGUGUCUAAAAAAACUUCAGUAAGUAAGCUGAAAAAGCUUCGAAACCUUAUCAAAAUGAAGUCUAGUACUUCUGUUGUUGGGAAAAGAAAGAAUUCUAUCCCUUUCAGUCACUCUGUUGUAGAUGAUAUUAGUACUGCUAUUGAAGUUCAAAAUCCAGUGAAAAAUAAUUUUGUCAGUAGAGCAGAACUUCCAGAAAUAAUUGGGACUGAUGGUACUGGAAGCAUGGAAAGAAUUGAUAUUUCACAUAUGAGGGCUGCUCAACCAGAAUCUUUCAGUCCAUUGCCACCAAUGUUGGGUCCAACUUUAAAUGGCUUACCUUUACUUCGAUCUUCACAAAUAGGAACAAAAACAACUGUGUUUGACUUGAAUUUGAAUGGUGGUGGUAAAUCUUCUAUACUUCAAUUACCUGGAACUUCCUCCCAAAAUUCUAUUACUCAAUCACCCAAAAUAUUUAAACAUGAUGACAAAACUGAAGAAAGUUUUUCCCUUACAAAUUUUAAUCCAGUAUCAGAUGAUUCAAUAAAUAUUCCUAUGAUAAAUACAGCUAAUCAUGCAAUAGUAGCAGGGACAACUAGGAGCAAAGAGCAAGAAUUGGGUAUUGAUGUAGCUCCCAGUAAAUCUGAACUAUCUAGAGAGAGUGCUAUUAAUUCAAACCCUUUAGCUAAAGACUUACACAAAAGUAUAUUUAAAGAAGAAGAUAUAAAAUGGAGUUCUGGUUUGAGUUCUCGUAAAAUUAAGCCAAGUGCACUUGUAAUAAAUAAUUCUAAAGUACGCUCACUACUUAGUGAUGCUCGAAAAUCAACAAGCAGAGGUGUUUCUAAGUUUGAUUGGUUGUUCAAUGAAAAUAUAAAUGAUGGGAAAAGUAAAGAAGACAAAGAAGAUAAAAAAUUCAAAGAAAAAACAGAUGAUGAAAAUACAAAACUAGAUAAAGAAAAUACAAAAAUAGAUGACAAUAGUUUAAAACAAGAUGAAGACAAUAUUAAAGAAGACGAAGAAAAUUCAAAACAAGAAAGUUCGAAAUUAGAUGAAGAAAGUUCAAAACUAGAUGAAGAAAGUUCAAAACUAGAUGAAGAAAGUUCAAAACUAGAUGAAGAAAGUUCAAAAUUAAAUGAAGAAAGUUUUAAACAAGACUAUGAUGGCAAUGAAUUUGACAAUAAACAAAACGAAUUUGACAAUAAACAAAACGAAUAUCAUAAAGUAAAGUCAAAAGAUCCCCAAAUAAGUGAUAUUUUUAGUAAAGAGAGAGAUGUAGAUAAAAUUUUACAUGAAGAAAUGCACCACUAUGGAAAAAAUAGAAGGAAGAUGGAAGAUGAUAAAUGGAAUGAGGAAGAAGAGUUAACGCAAGUACCUAAUUCAAAAAUCUAUGAUUAUGAAAAUGAACCUGAGUUUUCUACUGCUGAAAAAGAAGCUACUCCCAUUUAUGAUAUUCAUACUCCAGGUAAUGACUAUGAUGACCACGAGUACAAUCAACAAAACCCAGAAUUUGGAAAUGGAGAUAAAAUUAAACAUGGUUAUCAUCAUCCACAAAAGAAUAGUAGAGAUGAUGUAAAGUAUUCAGAUGAGAGAAAUUUAAAUUACCACGAUGAUCUUGAUGAAGAUUUACCUCAUGAGUUAAAUGAAAAAGAUGCUUUUCAUCUUCAUGCAAGAUCUGAUGAUGGUUUUAGCAAUAAACAGUUUUAUAAAAACCAUAGAGUAAAAAGCAAUGAAAGAUUUCAGCAGAAUCAUGAUUACCAGGACAACAAACGCGAUGAGCCACUUGAUGUAGAUCAUUUAAGAUCUUUUAAACAUUUUUUAAAAGAUAUAGCAAAUAGUGGAGAAAAAAGGGAAAAUUUAUUUUUUCACUUGAAAAAAAAGCAUGCCCAUGAUAUGACUCGACGUAACCAAGUACGUCGUACAAUUAAUGGACUUGUUCAUAUUUACAAUAGUCUUAUAAAUGAAAAAAAUAGUGAACACAAGAAUCAUGUUCAUAAGUAUAAAAGUCCUUUAUCAUUAAAGUUUGAGAAAGCAAAAAAGCGCUCAAAAAAUUAUGAUACACAACUUAAUUUUUUGAAGAAAGCAUAUCUAGUUUUACAAAAGGGCAACCUCUUACAUUCAUCUGACUUGAAAACACCUGAAUCAUUUUAUCCUAAUCACAUUUCUCCAAAUCACUGGCAUCAAUUAAAAGAGCCAGCCAUAGAUGAAGAUUAUAUAAUUAACAAGUACCUAGCUAAUAGCGAUGAUAGCAAAAUGUUAGAGCACAUGCUUAAAAAAGAGGUUCAUGAUGAUCUUGAAAUAACAAAUAUUGCAAAUAAUAAAAAAAGUAAAAAGCAGCAGAAGCUAAAGGUAGAAAAAGAUUCAAGUAAAAAUUUAGAAUCCCUUGAAAUAGCAUUAAAACAAUUGUCAGCUGCAGCUGAAAAAAACAGUUCAAAAGAAUACGAAGAUUUAAUCCAUCGUUUAUCUCCAUAUUUAGUUAAGUUGAAGGAAAUUGACAGUAAGUUAAAUAAAUCACAGAUAAAUGACCACAAUAACAUGGUCGAUUUAAAAAGCAACGAUAAAGAAAAAGACAAUCUUGACAAAGAGCUAAACAAUUCCACUGAAAAAGAUGAGAACGACCUUGAGUUAAACAAAAUUGCUGAUGUUAGUAGUAAUCUUCAAGAAACAAAAGAAGACCUCAUAAGUGCUUUGGAAAAUGCACAAGCAAUUUCGCAAAAGCACAUCAACAACAUUGAAUCACAUUUUGAUGUUGCUAGUUACAGACCUUUAUUGCCACUUGGGAACACAAUUGGAAAACAAAUAGAAAAAACAACAAACCAAACGCUGCCUAAUGAUAAUUUUUCUUUUGAAACAAAUUCAGGUAUCACAACUUCUAGCUUUUUGAGUAAACAAUUUAAUUUGAAUAAGACAUCUGAGUCAUAUAACAUAGAGUCAGGUGCUGUUGAUGACAUUGGCCUUGCCCCUCAGCCAAUACCUGUAAUUGAGGAUAAAAGUUUAUCUCCUGAGAAAAUUACAAUUCAUUUUAAUAAGUCUAUGGAAGAAACCAUCCCAAUUUCAAAUUCAGUGUUUAAAAUAAAAAGGCCUUCAUCCUUACAAAUGCAUUCUAAACCAAAUUAUUUUGAUGUAAAUAGUAAAAACUUUUAUAACAAAAAUUGUGAACCAGUUGCUGAUGGUGUAGACAUACCGUAUGUGCCACCUUGUCACAAUUCAAAUACUUUUGGUGCAAUUAAUACUGCAAUUAAUCCUGACAUUUAUCCUGUUAAUCAUCCUGUUCUUAAUCCUGGACUCUACACAGAAAAAAUAAGAAUACGACCUAUUAAUCAUGUUGUAAAUUCCUUUAAAGUUGGAGUUUCAAAUAAUCCCGCUGUUCCAAAUUUAAAUUCCAAUCAUUAUCCUCCUAACAUGAAAAUUGUUGAUUCAGUUGAAAAUUCUGUUCCUAUUAACUUUUUAACUCCAUAUGAAGAUGAAGCUCAUUUCAGAGCUCAACCAACAACACUAUCUCUUGAUAAGAUUCUCCAGAACGAAGCUUCUGAAACGCCAAGUGUUGUGUUACCAUGGCAAAAUUCCUUUCAAGGUUCAAAGUUCAGAGAUUUUUAUCCCCUAGGGCCUCAAGUUUCACAUGGUUUUAACAAUGGUGUUGCUAACAAUCUAAUUUUAAACACUCCAAUUUCUCCUGUAACUAAUGGUGGCAGUUUAUACAAUGGUCUGAUUUCAGAAAAUGCAAAUUUGUUAGAAGGAAUUGAACACUCGACUAACAAUAAAAAUUAUAAUGACAAUGCAAUCUACGAAGGUUUAGACUUAAAUAAAAUGGAUCAGUAUAGUGAUCGUAAAGAUGACAUCUUAAAAAGUGGCGGGUUAAUAAAGAAAGGAAAAUAUUCAGUUAUAAAAAAACUCCCAGUUAUAUUUAAGUUUUUUGAUGAUCUUGGAAAAAAUAGUGAUAAAGAAAAUGAUUGGAAAAAUGAUUUUGAUUCUGGAAUAGAAAGUAAAAGCUCUGACCAUGAACUUGUUCUUGAAAAUGUUAUUGAAAACAAUAAUUUAGGAAUCAAAUUAAAUGAGAAAAAAGGUAAUAUUAAAAAUGAAAAAAUGCAAGUUCACCAUAAUUCUACAAAAAUAUUACCAACAACAAUGCUGGCACAAUCAUCAAAUAGAAACACAAAUGAUAGUACUACUCAGGAAACAGAAGAAGAGAUCUACAGUGGAGAUAGCGGAGAGUCAGGAGAAAGUGAAAAUGGACUUUAUAACAAAACUAAUACAUUAAAAGAAAGUGAUACAAAAGUUUUAAGUAAAAAAAACUACAAAAAUAAGGUUAAAAAAGAAUCAAAUCAAAAUUUUACUAUUGUAAAUAACAUAAAAGAAAGUUUGAAAAUUAAUGAAUAUCAUAAGAAGGGGAAAAAAAAAUACAAAAAAAAAAUUUUUGUAAACAAUGGUAAAAAUAGCGACAAAAAAAGUAGUUCAUCAUUUAUAUCAAAGGUCAAUCUUACAUUACACCAGCCAGCUCAGUCUUUGACACAACUUUCAAAAAAGUAUGUAAAGCCUAAACAUGUUGUUCAAAAGUAUAUUCGCCCUCCACAAUCUCCAUACAGUAAUAAGCAUCAAUUUAUGCAAGUUUUUCCAUUUGCCUCGUAUGCUUUGCAGACAAGAAUGUGUAUCUCUUGUGAUAGACCUCCAGUUGUAAAUUGGAAACAUCAAAAAUGCAUUGGUGGAAAAUGUGAUUUAUACAGCAGAGGACUUCAUUCAUUUGGCUUACUUCACAGUCCUGAACUCCUGAACAGUUUUUCUCAUUCAGGACACUGUAAACAUUGUCCUGAUUAUCAUAGUGGUGAGCCUUUUCAUCAUCAUUGUGAUGGAGAUGAUAAUGAUGAUAGUGACCAUUGUGGAGAACAUCACAAUCAUGAAGAAUGUGAUCAUUGCUGCAACCAUGGACAUCAUCAUUCUGAUGAAGCAGAUCACGAGCAUGAAUGCUGCCAUCAUGGUGACUCAUGCUACAGAGAACAAGAGCACGGGCAUGAUUUUGGAGGUGAACAUUGCAUGGCUCAUCCAUCUGAAGCACACCCAAUAUAUUAUUGUGGACCAAAUAUGGAUCCACAACACAUUGGUCAACGAGGGCAUCAUGGUGAAUCUGGUUUAGGAGGUGAAGGUCCAUACCAUGGUGAAAUACAUUAUGAAAGAGAUUGUGAGCACAAAAGUCCUCUUCCUGUUCCUGUAAUAAUAAAACCUCCACCACCAUGUCAUGGGCAGAACCCAUAUGAGAUUUUAACUACCAGUCAAAUGCAUAAUGGCUAUCACCCAAAUGGUUACUUUGAUAAUACUGCUAUUAUACAAAUGCAAAAUCCACAUUCAACGUUUGGUGAGCAUGAGCAUGGAGGCCCUAUUUAUGCUGUACCUAUAAAAAAUCAACUCACAUACCCUGAUGAAGGUUCAGACCGAAAUUAUGAAAAACGCUGCAUUCCUAGUUUUAAAUGUAAAACUAAAGAAUUUAUUGUUGACAAAGCAAGCAUCUUUGAUCUAAUCAGUAAAGUUAAACAUCAUUCUGCAUCACAACAAAAACAAUCUUCAGAUGUUAAAGAAGAAAAGAAAAAACAACAACAGAGUUUAAAAUCUAGCUAUGCAAUCCUUAAAAAGUUAAGGAAGGUGACAGCUGACUUUAGGCGCAAACAUUCAAAGAAGAUAAACAAAGGUUUUUCAGGACAUUUAAAUGUAAUCAAGUUUGAAUCGCCUCUAGAAGGAAAUCCAUCAGAUGAGGACGACCAUCAUGAUGAAAAACUUUUAUACAAAUCUAAAAUAAAAAGCAAUACUUCUCCACAUAUUUCAAAUGCAAAAGAUUUUUCAAGUUCCUUUUCUUCAAAUGAUGUAAUGUUUUCGAAAAAUGAGACUAAUUUGUUGCCUAAAAAUGAGCCAGUUGAACGUGUACAGAUUGAGGAAGGAUAUGUGGAUUUGAAUGCAUCACAAAGUUACAAUAUGUCAGAAAUUGAAUUACUUAAGUCAAUGGCAUUGAAUAAAAGUUCAGAAAAUCUAACAACAGAGCAUUUUUAUUACUUAGAAAAUGGUAAUGAAACAAUUCCAGUUCCUUCUUUGAAUUUCAAUGAAACUAUACCUGCUUCAGAUUUAUUUAAAGCAUUAUACUCUGAAAAAAAGUUUGAUACAGUGACAGAUCUUUUAGGAUUUUCUGUUAGUGGUGCUACAGCAAAUAAAGACAAGAGCGUAAUACAAGAAACAGAAAAUGCUAACACUAAAAAAAAUAACACCCUGGGAAAUGAAAAGGAUUAUUUGUUUUUUAAAAAAAAAAAAUCAACAUAUAAGAAACAUAAAAAAGGAAUGUCUAAAAAGUAUGGAACACAUAAUCAAAAAGAAAAAAAUAAAUCUAAAUUUCAAAUCAACACAUCUAAUAAUGAAAUUAGUAGAUCAAGAAAAAAGAGAGGUUUGUUAGAUUCACUGACUGAAAAUAAUUCAGAAGGUAAACAGAAUAAAGGUCAACUUUUAUCGAUUGAGAAGAAUAUAUUGAAAUUGGUAUUAAAUAUGACAAAUUUGUUGCUCUCUCAAGACCAAAUAGAAAAGGUCUUAUCAGAAGAAAAAUUGAUUUCUGCAGGAAAUAUAAAAUCACCUUCCAAAUUUCAUGAUUUGAUUCUGCUAGUUGAUGUUUCGAGUGCAGUUGAUGAACUUGAGUUUACAUUAAUCCAACAAUUUAUGGGUGAUUUUAUUUCUAAGGUGAUGAAUGACAGCAAGGUUUCUGUGGGAGUAGUUUCUUUUGGACAAUUUCAGCAAAUGGAUGUCCAGCUAUCUAAGGAUCAACAAAAAGUUCAAUUAGGAAUUUCAGCUAUGAAAUACAUGGGUGAUACAGGAAAUCUGACAAGUGCUUUAAAAUUUGUUGAUCAAAAUAUUUAUCAAACUGACCAGAAAAGGAGUAACGUACAACAACUUUGCAUUAUUCUUGGUGGAAUUCCACAUUAUUCACAAAAUGCAGAUGAGAUAGCUGACAAAUUAAAAAGUCAAGGUGUUGAAGUAUUUGCUGUUGGUAUCGGAAAAAUGUUUAAAACAGACACUCUAUUAUUGCAAAUAGCUUCAAUACCUAUAUUAGGUCACACACUUUUUACUGACUAUGAAAAUCUGUUGAUAACUGCAACUAAUAGUCUUUACAAUAAAAUCAAAAAAGGUUGGUAUGCAUAUAUAGCAAAGAAAAAGAAAAAAAAUGAAAAAGUUAGCGAAUUGAACUCAGUAAACAAGCAUUUGAAUAAAACAGCUAUCCAACAACGUUGUGAAGCAUGUCGUAAAAGAAUUUUAAGUGGCUUGGGUCAAACAAAACUAAAUGAACUAGUUGCUUCAAAAAUAUGCUUUGCUUGUUAUGAGAACCAAGAUGUAGGUUCGUUAAAAAUUAUAGCUGAUCCACUGCAGUUUACGUCAAGAACACAAGAUUUAGAAUCUCCUGUUCUUUACCAAAAUCCUGUUAUAACAGCAAUUAAUGAAGGCAACGUUGUGCCUGGUAAUGGUGUUGGCUUGGCUUAUUCACCCAUAAUAAAUGCUCCAUACCAACCAUUUGGUCCUGAUCGUUCUAUUGCAAAAGUUGUUUACGAUGGUCCAAAUUCGAGUCACCAAAAACUUGAAGUUUUAGAUUCUGAAGAAUUAUUGCACUAUCAACAGCAUCAUCAAGAAGAAAACCAUCAUAACCAAGUUUUUGAAUCUGAUCCUUAUUUAGAUAAUCCACAUAUAGGUCCUAGCUAUGAUUCUUCUCACCUUAACUAUGCAACUGAUUUUACUCAUGCUCAUUCUCCAUCGGCUGUUACUAGUCAUUUAACAAGUACGCAAAAACUGAUUCAAACUCCUUUUACAACAUCUCAAUACCAAUCGGUUGUUUAUUCGAGACCUCUACCUAAUGCACCAAUUGGCACGCCAUUAGUAGAAAAAGUCGAACAAAAUCCGUAUGAGGUAUUAGUUAGCGAACAAUUGAAGCCUAAAUUUAAACCCAUUUUUCAUGAACACCUAAACCAAUUUUACAAAAAUGAUAAUCAUUAUAAAUUUCAACACAAUGAAGCAGAAAAUGCACAGCUUGGAAAUCAAGCCAAUGUUCUUGUAUCACUUGACCAGUCAGUGCAACCUGUUUUGCAACAAACGUUUGAUCUUGAAGGACCUGAUUCACUCUCUUACAUGCAGAAAUUACAAGAUCUUUCAUCAGAGUCGGAAAUAAUGUACCCAUUGAAAAAACGUCGCCUAAAAGUUAAAAAUACUUUACGUAUUCCUACCUUGAAAACGCUUGUUUCAAAUGUUCAAAAUAUAACUAAUCUUGAAAAAAAAUCCGAGACGCGUAGUAACAGACUUACAAAAUUUUAUAGCAAACAUAAUAGAAAACUGAAUCAUAGAAGUUCAUAAAAGUCGUAAAAAUGAGUAGGAGAUGAAUAAAAUGCUGUAAUUUUCUUCAGAACAAUAAAUUCGCUAAUUUUUAGGUAUUAUAAAACAAUUUUCGAAAAAUCUGUUGAUGAAUUUGCAGAUCUUUUAUUUGAAGAAAGAAAUUUUCUCAAAAUGCUUCACAAUGAGGUAAAAAGUUAUUGCGUACAGUUGACGUGAGCGUCGUACUAAACUGUCUUGUCAAAUAUUUUUUUUAUUUGUUUAUAAGCAUAAUGGAGAUAAAACUGUGAAUUGUGAUUAGGUAUUUUUUUAAAUGUUUUCGAUUUAAUGGAAGUUUUUGAUCAAUGUAAUUUAUGUAUAAGAUUAUAUGUUUUAGUAUAUAAAA